UAUUCAAAAGCUGAGUUUCAAGAUAUCACUCGAAAUGGCGACAGCAAGAAAAGACAAACUAUCCUAUGAUAAGAAGAUGAACUUUUAUCAGCUAGAUAUAUUUUAUCUCGAGAAAGAAGAAUCUGUACAUGAAUUUUUAAACAGGCUUCCAAGUACAAUAGUAAUAAAAGACAAAAUAAAGACUAAAGAAGGAAAAUUCCCAAAAUAUUCUAAAUAUACGAGGGACUGCUCUUGGACCAUUGCCACAUCAAUGGAUGACGCAUUCUUGGCAACAAUUUAUAAUCAUUGGUUGGCCUUUAAGCCACCCAUAGAACAAAUGUCUUGGCUGCAGAUAAUGCCCCUUGAAACUCAUACCUUACAAACUUCAAAAACUGAUUCACUUGAAACUGGCGAACACACUUGCAAAGUUUUGGGAGGAAGUAUGAUUUCUCCCAUUGAAUUUCUUAACCAUUGGGAAGCUGAUGCAAAUGUGAAAGUUCAGGAAGAAUUGUCAUUGUUGGUCUUAACAAUAUCUGACAUUGCAAUCGAGAUCAAGUUAUCACAUGAUCUUAUACACAAACACGUCAUUGUGUACUUAGAGGGCAACGAGACGAUUUUGUUUUUAAACAUAAAAUGCAGUCCAAUACUUUCAAAACUUAUUAGAAAGAAAAAAGUUAGAAUUCCAGGUAGUGAAUCUGGAAUCCCCCACUUUGGUUUAAUGACAUGUUUUUGCCUAUGUCUUGAAAACAAGAGUCCACUAAUAUGUGAUCUACAGUGGUGUCUUCGUAGGGCUCAUUUCUGCCUUGUUCAUACUCAAAUGAAUAUCAGAGUUGCGUUGAAAAAUAAGGAUCCUGAAAUUCAUGAGUUUGACUCUGUUUACACAUGGAAAUGUCUCUGCUCGUUAGGUUAUAAGGUUCUCGACCAUUUGAACUCGGAUGUUGUGGAAAAAAUUACCAAAUGCACGUCUUUGGACGUAUUUGCAAAAAUGACAGAAAGAGUUAGUGAAAAACCAUUUUUUCAUUUCAUGGAGGAAAUGCAAGAAGCAGUUCUACUAACACAAAAUUGUGAGUUUUCUAAUGAAAUUCCAAAGAACUACACAAGUGUUCGAAUGGCUGUACUUUCUCCGUCCAGAUUCAUUUUACUGCCAAAUAAACCCGUGCAUCUGACUAGAAUAUUACGCCUAUACAACAACGAUUAUUUCAUACUACUCGAUUAUCGAGACGAUGACUUUGACAAAGUUUGCGGGAUACACCCAUAUGGAUCAGUGAAAAUGGUACAGGAUAUGAAGAGAUUUUUUAUAAAUGGUUUUGAAAUUCACGACCGUCACUACGAUUUUCUGGGGUGUUCAAACAGCGAACUCCGAAAUCACAGUUUUUGGUUUUUUAGUUCGUACGAUGGAAUCACCGCUGAAUUCAUCAGACAAAACUGCGGUGAUUUAUCCAUGGAACGAUGUGUGGCAUCUUAUGUGUCAAAAAUCGGGCUGUGCUUUUCUCCGUCUUUGUCCACGCUUACCAUGGAAGAACAUCAAGAAGUUCGCUUUGAAGAAGAUGUCAGAAGAAACGGCUUGUGCUUUACAGACGGCAUAGGGAAAAUUUCAAGAAGACUUGCAGCAAAGGUUGCCAAAAAGAUGAAUUUAAAUACAGUCCCCUCGGUUUUUCAAAUAUGCUACGGUGGAUGUAAAGGAAUGGUUGCUCUGGAUCCAUCACUGGGAGAGAAUAGAGAGAUACUUGUUAUACGACACAGCAUGAAGAAAUUCGAAUCAAGCUCCAAAUGUUUAGAAGUACUGCAGGUUUCUCGUCCAGUGAGACUUCAUCUAAACCGUCAAGUCAUAACUCUGCUUUCGGGACUGGGGAUUCAAGACGAUUUUUUUCAGGAUCUCCAAGAGACUAUGUUAUUUGAUUUGUCAGACAUGCUUCUUGACAAUGAAGUAGCCCUUAGAACUCUCAAAAAGCUAUCAAUCGAGAUAGAUUUUGAAAAUCUUUUUCAAAAAGGGAUUAGUUUUGUUUGCGAACCCUUCUUUAGAUCUCUUCUUAUGAAUAUUUUUCAUCGAAAGAUCAAGUGUGUUCAAGAUGAGUCACGCAUUCAAAUACCGCUUAAUAAAGGUCGACUAAUGAUGGGCAGCGUAGACGAAACUAAAAAACUGGAAUCUGGACAAGUAUUUAUACAGUAUUCUUUAGAACCAUCCCAUCUUAUGAAAAACUUGAGGACUGUAUUGGGUAAAGUUGUCGUCAUGAAAAGCAAUAGCUUUCACCCAGAAGAUCUUAAAGUAUAUGAGGCAGUGGAUAUUCCUUGUCUUGGACACAUGGUAGAUUGUAUUGUGUUUUCCCAACAUGGUCAAAAACCACAUCAAUGCGAUUCUGAUGGAGAUGGAUAUUUUGUUUGCUGGGAUGAACGUCUUCACUCAAUUAAAAAUGAAACACGGGAAAACUAUUCUAGAUUAGAAAAAAGUUAUCUAAACCAUACUAUGACUGUCCAAGAUAUCAUUGAGUUUUUGGCAAACUACAUACAGAUUGACAACUUAGAUGCUAUUGCAAAUUCAUAUUUAGUCAUGGCAGACCUAGAAACCUACGGAAUAUUUUCUAGCUCAUGUAUUGAAUUAGCCAAUAUGUACUCUGAAGCAGUUAACUUCUUAAAAUUUGGCAAUAUACCUUCAUUUCAAAAAUACAGGUCUUUAGAAAAGUAUCCAUAUUUUAUGAGAAAGAGUGGUACCCCCCGGUUCAUAUUUUCAAAAGUAUUGGGAAAGCUUCAAAGCCGUUGCCGGUUAUUUCAUCCAAAAGCUUACUUUCAAAAUUCUUUUGCACGAACUGAUGAGUAUGAACUUACAUUUGAACCUUUGUCAGAAAGCGACAUUCAACAUGCCAUUUCACAAAGAAAUAAAUACAACACGAAUUUCCUUCAAAUAAUGAAUGUAUAUGGCAUUGAAACUGAGAAUGAAGCGUUUACUGGAUUAAUCAAAUCACUACAAAGCAGAAGUUGCUUUGAAAAUGAAGGCAAUCAGGUUGAAAGCACAGGUUGUGCACAAAUUGCAUUAUUAUUUGAAAGGACGAGAAAAGAGUUUUUCGAAGAAUUCGGAGGAAUUAACAACAUCUCUGUAUUAACAAGUAUGUUGAUUUUGAGGAAAGCUUUGGCAUGGUAUAAAGUAACAUUUGAAGAAAAAGACAGUCAGACUAAUCAGAUAUUGAGUUUUCCAUGGACUGUGGGUGAUAUUUUAUGUCAGAUGAAACUGAAAGGUUUGCGAGAUGAUGCCUUUGAAAAAAUUGACCGAAGUCUUGAAACUAAAAUAAGGUUUUACGAAUCGGACCGAAAGCAGACUUUCAUUUUUCUUCAACACCUUCGUCAAACGGUGCAGACUAAUAUACCUCAUGAUAUUCCUUUAAAAUGGAUUACUUGCCACGAACACGGAAUCAUCUUGCCCAAAUGCUUUAUCGAGUUUUUAGAAAUAAAAAAUGAAGAUCUAGAAAAAUGCAUCAGUUGUUUGGAAAACAUUGAGGACAUUUCAUUCAAAGCUGAUUUUCCAAGAGAAGCUCCUUUUUCUAUUCAAGUCAAAAAUAAUAAAUCUUUAGAGGGAUUUAUGACUUUAGUUACAGAUGAAAAGAUAAUUGAAAUGAGUAGAAAUAUGAAUAAAUUUCUUUGUCAGUAUCCAAGUCUAAGACUUAUUGCACAGUAUAUUUUAGAAAAUCUACUAGAGCAAGUUGAUGCUGUUAAACCAAAUGAUGUCGUCAUUGCAUGGAUGAUUCCUAUCAUGCUCUUACAAGAGUCAUCAAAAGAAAGCGUAGAUAUACACAACCUAAGACCAAGUACAAUUUCUUACCUUUUGCUAUUUUGUUGUAAAAACGCAAGAUGCUUUAUCCAAAAAUUAUUAAUUUCCCGGGAAUUGCCCAUAAUAUCGCUUCAGUGGCUUGCGAAAAACAGGGAGACCAUUCUGCAAAUGUGUCUGAACAUCUACAUGGAAUUUGCCUUGUGUUUAAAUGUAGAUUGUCAUACAGAAGGGGGUGAUACAUGCCCCUUGUCUGAAACUUUUUUUCUUCCAGUCGAAUCUUGGGGCACGAAUGUUUACGCUAGAACGUAUGCGUCUUCUAAAUUAACGGAAAUUUCUGAAGCCGAUAUUUACUCCUCUUGCGUGUCAAUUAGUGACAUCGAUGGUAUACAAUUGAAAGCAAUUGGAACGGAUUCUGAAAUAGUCCAGCUGUAUGAGAUUCUUCACGUUUUGGCAGUAAAGUCGAAAACCUUGCAAUCGUCAAGAAAUGGUCGUUUAUCUGUUGGAGAAAACAUUUCCAUAUUGUUUGAGGGGGCUGCGGAUGAUCACGAAGUCAUACAAUUUGAGAUGUACCAGGGCCCGUGUCAAAAAGGUCAUGAAAACAUCGAUAAACAUAUUCCGCGUCUUUUGCAUUUUACUCCAGAUGCUUCUCGGGAUAGAGAUACGUUCCAAAGGAUGUUUCUUUCGCAGUGGCAAAACGUUAGAAAUAAAUAUAGUACUAUUUUACACGGUGAUUUGUCUAUUGUUCUUGCAUUUGGAAAUUUUUACAUGUUUGAUGUCAAAGAACCUAGCCUCUUAAUUUCCGAGUUAAAAGAAUACAUGGGAUCAUUUCCAGAGAGACUUGAUGCUUUUUUGGCCAAUAAAUUUCGCUAUAGGAGUCGCGUUGAAUAUUCCUUUUCUUUUUUACCGAUGAACAGCCAUUUGGAAAAAUUUGAAAAUCUUCUUUUGGCACAUUUUUUGAAAACAAAAACAGAAAAAAUAGUGAAAGUCCGUGUCAGUGAUUAUGGGAUGUGCGAUCUGGAUUACCAUCAAAAUGUCUUACAGUUUCAUUUACCUGAAAUAAGAUGGUUCGUCGGACAAAUAAUUCGCAAACCAGACCAAUCACGUAGAAAUAAAGUCAGUGUCAGGUGCAAAAUGCAAUCUUACAGAAACUUAAACCGAAAUAGAAUAAAAAGUAUAGAAGGAAACGAAGAUAAAAUGGACGAAAUUUCGAGUGGAAAGCUUUUCCAUAGAAAUAUUACGACUGGAAUGUAUAUCGUCAAAAGUGAAAAAAUCCAGUAUAUUCGAGAAAAAGAAACAGAAAUAUACUCAAACAGGUCCUUAAGAAUUGAAAAUAAAGUAUGGCGGUCUCUUCAAAUAGAAAUGUCAAAGAUCAGUGAAUAUGAAGCGGGCCCUUAUAGUGCUAAUUGUACAAAGCUUCCAGAAAGAACUGAAAUAGCAAUCAUACCACCCAUCCCUGACACUAAAGCGACUGAUGACGAAAUCAAGAAUUACGUUGAUGAUCUGUGGGAUAUCGUUCUGUAUUUUGGAAACGUUAUUGACAAUUUCUAAAUAAGAUUGAGAAUUGCUUUUAUAAUUGAUUUUUAACCUUAAUAUUAAUAGUUUUCAUACAUACUUUCUCGCCUCAAGACAGUGUGAAUAUUUACGGCAUGUUAACAUGUACAAAACAUUUAUGGAAUAGUAAAUGAUCAAAGUAUGGUUAAAAAAUAUCAACAAUACAUAGAUAAUCAAUAGUGCGAAUCUAAUACCGAUUGAUACUCAUGAAUUCAUAUCUUACAUUUUCGCCUACUUAAACCAGAUUUAAGUAAGCUUUUUAAAUCAUCUGAUAUUUGUCUGUCCGUCCGUUUGUCUGUCUGUCUGUAAACUUUUCAUAUUUUGACACUAGAACCACUGGACCAUUUACAUUUAUGUAAUAGUAAAUUAUCAAAGUAUGUUUAAACAAUAUCAAGAAUAUAUAAAUGAUCAAUAGCGCGAAUCUAAUAUCGAUUGAUACUCAUGAAUUCAUAUAUUAUAUUUUAGCUUACUUAAACCAGAUCUAAGUGAGAUUUCCUAAACAGCUUUUAUACGUCCGUCCGUCUGUCUGUCUGUCUGUAAACUUUUCACAUUUUGACACUAGAGCCACUGGACCAAAUUUAAACAAAAUUGGUAUAAAGCAUCCUAUUGUAAGGGGGAUUCUAAAUUUUAAAAAGGGCAAACACACUUAAAAACAGAGAGAUAAUUACAAAACGAUGAACAGACGAUGUGUAUCUUCGAUAUACCAGAAAUGAAUGAUUGUUUACAUCGAACUACAAUGCUAGAGCUGUGAUAUUACGAUGCAAGCAUCAUCGAAUAAUGUAGAUUCUAAAUUGUUAAAACCGUGACCCCUGAGUAAUACUGGGGCCCCAAGAGGGAUUCAAAGUUUAACAAAGAAAUAUAUA